UUUCAGUUCAGAGGUGCAGGCGCUCUGUCUCAGCGAGAGAGGCGGCGAGAGGAGAGUAGGGGAGGGAAAGAGAGAAGGGAAGAACCGGAGAAAAGUGUACGGGGCAUGAAAAAGAGGAUACCAGCAGCGUUCUCGUCCUGGGAGCUCGGCAAUGACAGGUUUUUUGAAAAGGGCACUUUGAGAUAUGAUGAGGUUUAUUUCUGGUUGGCAAUAGUACUAUGAUUUGGUAUGUGGCCACUUUGAUAGCAAGUGUAUUCAGCACCCGAGGAACGGCAGCUCAAGGUGCACACGGUGUGCAGGCGCAGCCCCAGUUUGUGACGUCGCGCGCUGGAGACAACGUGGUCCUGGGCUGUGAUGUGGCCCAGCCUCUGAACGGACAGCCCUACGUGGUGGAGUGGUUCCGCUUCGGAGUGCCCAUCCCCUUCUUCAUCAGCUUCCGCUUCUACCCUCCUCAUGUUGACCCAGAAUACGCAGGCAGGGCCACCCUGCAGGGGAAGUCGUCGCUGCGCGUGGCGGUGGUGCGCUCUGAGGACCAGGGCUGGUACGAGUGCCGUGUCCUGAUGCUGGAGCAGCAGUACGACACCUUCCACAACGGCAGCUGGGUGCACCUCACUGUCACCGCCCCCGCCCCAGUUCACAGACAACGCCCCCCCCAGUACGUGGAGGCCAGGGAGGGGGGCAGCGCGCUGGCCCUCAGCUGCUCCGCCCUUGGGGAACCCCAACCCUCCGUCACCUGGCUGCGGGACGGGCAGGAGCUGAAGGACAGCAGGAAGUACAAGUGUGCUAACCCUCUGCUGGUGAAGAGGGAGCUGCUAGGGCCCCAUGACUGGCUGUCUCUGCCCGUGCCUGGGGGGCAGAGCUGGCUGCUGGUGGCCGGCCUGGAGCCCCAGACGGCUUACCAGUUCAGCGUCCUGGCUCAGAACAAGCUGGGGACUGGCCCCUUCAGUCAGGUCGUCACUGUGAACACACUAGUAUUUCCCAUCAGUCCUCCUGAACCCCUGGUGCUGCUCACUCCACCACGUUGCCUCACAGCUAACCGGACCCAGCAGGGGGUCCUGUUGUCCUGGAUCCCUCCAGCCAAUCACACAGCGCCUAUCCAGCAUUACGUCAUGGAAUUCCGUCUUGGGGAGAGGUGGGACCUUCUGGACGACAGCAUCCCUGCCGGCGACACAGAGCUCCUGGCUAGAGACCUCAUCCAGGAGGCGUGGUAUGAGUUCCGGGUCCUGGCGGUGAUGGAGGACUUGGUCAGCGAGCCCAGCAACAUCGUAGGAGUUUCCAGCACAGACUUCUUCCCCCCCCCAGACCUGGGGGAGGAGGGGGGCCUGGCAAGGCCUGUGGUGGCAGGCAUCGUGGCGACCAUCUGUUUCCUGGCUGCGGCCGUCCUCUUCAGCACCCUGGCCGCCUGCUUCGUCAACAAGCAGCGCCGACGCAAGCUCAAGAGGAGGAGAGACCCUCCUCUCUCCAUAACCCACUGCAGGAAAAGCUUGGAGACUCCGAGUCCUCUUAGCUCCCUCCCCGGGGUUGAGCCCUACUGGGGAGACGGCCGAAGCCUCAGGCCCCCUGCCUCCAGCCCUCAGGUGUCCUCUGGGAAGGAGAGUCCAGAAAGCAUGCGUUCGGUGGGACCGCCAUCUGAAUCGUCAGAGGAAGGACACGGCCUUCACGUUAAGCACAUGCCCUCCAGUCCCGGCAGGAAGGAGGAGCUCUCUCUGUACAAGAAGACCAAAAGAGCUAUAAUCAGCAAGAGGUACAGCGUGUCCAAGCAGGAGGCCGAGCCCACCACGCCCAUCGAACUGAUCAGCCGGGGGCCAGACGGACGCUUUGUCAUGGACCCCUCCGACGUAGAGAUGUCCGUCAAGCCUCGACGCAUCGAGGGCUUCCCAUUCGUGGAAGAGUCCGACCUCUAUCCGGAGUUCCGCCAGUCGGACGAAGAGAACGACGACCCUGGGCCCAUGCCUCCCGUCAUGGCCACGCUCCGGCCUCACCAGAUCUCCCCCAUGUCCUCCAGCCAGGACUCCUACAUGCAGCCUCCAGCCUACAGCCCUCGCUUCCAGAGGCCCAUGGAAGGUAUGACCAUCAUGGAGAGCAGCCGUCUGCAAGCCACGGGGCAGAUCCGAGGCUCGCUCCACCACAGGGUGUUCCCCCCCAGCCACUUCUACAGCUACCUGGGCAGUCCUGGGGAACACGACCCCCCCCCUCCUUUCUACAUGCCCGACACCAGCCCUCUGAGCUCCGUCAUGUCCUCCCCUCCAUAUCUCCCAGAAGGGCCUUUUGGUCACCCAGCCAUUCCUGAAGAAAUGGGGGAGGGAGACGUCCACCAUUAUGCCGUUUCCAGCUUCCCCCUGACGCUCACCUCAUCCUCCCGCUCCCCAGACAUCUGGCAAAGACCGGAUUUCACCUUUGCCAGUCUUGAGCCUCACUUCAUCUUCCCUCCUCACCACUCUCUGCAUCUCCACCGGGAGCCUCUGUUUCCCCCCCCUCCUCACGUCCUUCCCCUCGGGGUUCUCCAGCCCUCAUCCCUGCAGAUGCCCUCCUAUCCUGGUGUCCUGUCGCUGGAGGCCCCAAAGAGCCGGCCAGGCAAGUCUCCCAGCAAGGCCAAGGGGCCUCCAGCCAAGCAUGUCACUAUGCAAGAGGCCCCGGGUCUGGGCCAGAUGAGACACACCAGCAACGGGAUGGGUGUGCCUGUCUUGCCUUACCCCGCCCCCAUGGCCCACGUGGUUCCCAGCACGUUCAGCAGUCUGGACACGCGAUGGUUCGAGCCCCCUCGGUUCAGCCCCAGGCAGAUCCGCAGGAUGGAGUCCAGCAUGCAGCAGGUGGUACUGCAGCCCUCCCGCCUCUCGCCCCUCACCCAGAGCCCCCUCAGCUCCCACAACGGCUCCCCGGAGAUCGUGGUGCGCCCCCGGCCCCGCCCCGGCCUCGUGCAGCCCACCAUCCCUCCAGAGAUGUCUGAGAUCACCCUACUUCCACCCGCGUCAGCCAGCUUCUCCCGACGGUCCUCCCCUUCCUCCUCUCCCGCCCAGAGUAGCAGGAGAGCCGGUCCCAGCUACCGCACCCAUAUGGCCCUGGCCACAUCCGCCACCAGCUACCCCUCCCAGUCCCCCUCACCCCCCGUGGAAAGCGGCAACGUUUUUGGACAGAUGCCAUCCCAGAGGAGGAGUGAGGGGGACGUCCUGCCGUCUCCUCCACAGCUGUCAUCUGAGCCGUCUCCUCCACAGCUGUCAUCUUCAGGAAAACGCGGAGGUGUUCCUGUGGGGCCUGAGAGGAUAGAGGCACUGAGAUACCAACGUCUUAAAAAAGUCAAGAAGAUGGUCGUCAACAACAACAACUCAAAGAGUAGAAAGAAAGCAGGUGACUCCUCCUCUCAGCCCCAGCCCCCCUGCUCCUCCCGGGUGCUGCAGCCUGAAGAAGCUCUCUACCUCCGCAAGAAGAAGAAGGCUCCUCUCAGACAGGACCCAUACGCCCGCUUCUCUGCCCUGCUGUACCGCCGCUCUCCCAGGGAGGACCAAAAGGCCAUUCUGGCCAGCAUGGACAGCAUGGACCCAGACCAUGCCACUCUCCUCUGAGUCUGCCAAGGUUAAACUACUCCCCCAAAACGUAACAUGCCAUUCAAACUCACUUCUGCCCCAAGGGGAAAAAUGGUUUCCAGAACAAAAAAGACAAAAGGAAAAUAGAGCGUCUACCUGAGGUUUACAAAGUCUUGCUCCAGUGCAAAACAUACAAGAAAGCAUUGUAGUUUCUUUAUUUAGAAAGAAUGUUUUGGGGUCCAUGAACCUAGAGGUAUAGUCAGUCUCUGUUUACAGCACGUCUCACCUGCUUCCUCCUCCAGCCUCUCCCACCAACACGCCAGUCAAACAUGCCACCAACACGCCAGUCAAACAUCCCACCAACACGCCAGUCAAACAUCCCACCAACACGCCAGUCAAACAUCCCACCAACACGCCAGUCAAACAUCCCACCAACACGCCAGUCAAACAUGCCACCAACACGCCAGUCAAACAUCCCACCAACACGCCAGUCAAACAUCCCACCAACACGCCAGUCAAACAUGACACCAACACUCCAGUCAAACAUCCCAUCAACACGCCUGUCAAACAUCCCACCAACACGCCAGUCAAACAUGCCACCAACACGCCAGUCAAACAUCCCACCAACACGCCAGUCAAACAUGACACCAACACGCCAGUCAAACAUCCCACCAACACGCCUGUCAAACAUCCCACCAACACGCCAGUCAAACAUGCCACCAACACGCUAUCAAACAUCCCACCAACAAGCCAGUCAAACAUCCCACCAACACGCCAGUCAAACAUGCCACCAACACGCCAGUCAAACAUCCCCCAACACGCCAGUCAAACAUGCCACCAACACGCUAGUCAAACAUGCCACCAACACGCCAGUCAAACAUCCCACCAACACGCCAGUCAAACAUCCCACCAACAAGCCAGUCAAACAUCCCCCAAUACGCCAGUCAAACAUGCCACCAACACGCCAGUCAAACAUCCCCCAAUACGCCAGUCAAACAUGUCACCAACACGCCAGUCAAACACAGGAUUCUCACAAGCUGCAAACUGUACCUCAGAAUCUUUUUAAUUUUUUUUCAUUAUUCUGACUCCAGUGUAAUCAAGUUGUAAUUUCAUGAAGUUUAUGAGUUAUGAUAAUUGACCAUUGAGUUAUACACUGCAAUGGCUGUUUUGAUGCAGGUCUGUUAAAACUGGAUCCACACAGAUUAGGAACUGUUUUUUACGUAAUGGUUAUUUGAACACCAAUAAAGGUGUUAUUAUGGAUAUUUUGUAUGCAGGAUAUUCUGGUCCACUUAUGCAACAUUUCUAUUUGAAAAAGUUGAUAUACAAUUUAUUGUUUUAUUGUUUUUUCCCAUAACAUUAUAAUUUUAAAACAGAAAGCUGUCAUAAUCAAAGCACAAUACACACAUUCCUUUACAAAGGAUCACAUUUAGAGUACUGCAGCAGUCGUCAGGCACAUGUGGGUGUAGAUGCCCAGAGCUGCCCCCCAAUCCUGCAUCGCUCAUGUCACAUGGCCCAGGAGGUCUCACACCUGGCCAAUCCUGCAUCUCUCAUGUCACAUGGUCCAUGAGGUCUCACACCUGGCCAAUCCUGCAUCUCUCAUGUCACAUGGUCCAGGAGGUCUCACACCUGGCCAAUCCUGCAUCUCUCAUGUCACAUGGUCCAGGAGGUCUCACACCUGGCCAAUCCUGCAUCUCUCAUGUCACAUGGUCCAGGAGGUCUCUCACCUGGCCAAUCCUGCAUCUCUCAUGUCACAUGGUCCAGGAGGUCUCACACCUGGGACAGGCGUUUGCACUGGAGCAAAACUUUGGCGACUGCCAUAUUGCAUAUACAGUAUAUAUAUAAAUAAAAUAAUAUAUACAUAUAUAAUUGUUUGAUCUUUAACCACACUUAUCUUGUAGCAUUAUGGGUAGUACAGAGGGAUCCUUAUCCUUUUAUUUUAAAAGUACUAUAGCAAUGCCAAACAUACCACAACUUCCUUAAUCUUUGAAACAUGUACUGUACGGAGAAGAGGACAGGAUUUUGUGCCAUAGUAUUCUAUAGUAUUCUAUAGUAUUCUAUAGUAUUUUGUCAUUCAUGUGGGAGGACCUUGAACCAAAGGCAUUGAAUUGUUUUUCAAGGAUUUUGGUUCCCUACAUCAAUUAUGAUUUUCUUUCAUGUUUUACUAAAUGUGAGUUUCUGUAUCAGAGUAACUGCCCUGACAGCCUUGUGCUGUGUUUGUAGCCUUGCUCUUUGUCACGUGUUUGUCACUUGGUCACUGUGUUGCCAAAACACACUUUCUCGUUUGGUAAACCGACAGAAGAGCUCCUUGUGGCAUUCCUGGGCUGAGCGGCCAAAUGAUUACUGUGUCAUCUAAAGGUGCUUGUUUUCUAUAGAUUACCAUUGAUUCAUUUGUGGAUUCAUUUGUAGAAAUAUCUUGGAGAAGACCUUGUGGGUGGUAUGGAGGUGUUCCAGUAGUGGUCAGUAGGACAGCUGUGUGGCUGGAUGGAGGGACCAACAUGCUUCUGUGCUGUUGUUGUCAUCUAGUUAGUUACUGACAGGUCAUUUAUUUUGUUACUGACAGCCUGAAAUGUUGGUUGUUCUGUGACUGCAGCUGCAAAACACAAACAUCCUUUUGAGUGAGGAACUGAAAACAACUAUCCUUAACCCUAACCUUAUCCUUAAACUUGACGAGAUGUGUCUUGACAAGAUGUUUUCUGCCAAUAACUACUUUGUAGGCACUGUAUUUUAUAUUGGUGGUUCUUCUCACAGCUUUUGUCUCCUACUGACAAAGUAAUCCUAUGUUGAAGCAGUGCUGUACUAACAUUUGACUGACAUUUUAAAGUAAUUCUGUAACAGAAAAUGCUACUUUAAAACUCUAUUUCACACGUUUUGUUUCCAAUCCUGAAACAAUUCUGAAUCACUGGUGAAGAUCAACACUGUUAGUUUAUGGAUCUCAUAGGUAUACAGUAUAGAGGAGAAUAGUAAAGGUCGGAACUGUGGAGUUUAUGAGUGAAGCCAACCUGAAGUCUGGUCUGUCCUUGUAAAAACAUGAAGAUAUAAAAACUCUGAAACAUCUGAAAACACUACUACAUUUUUCCUCACUCAAACACUCAUUGGCACAUCUGAAAACACUAUUUCCGACAAUACAAGUACCGCUAUGUUCAUUUGCACUCUUCCUGUUUUGAACACAUUUUAAACCACUUAAGGUUUUAUUAUUAUCUUGGCUUUUCUUAACACUUUUCUCUGAAAAUUAUCUCCAGAAAUUAAAUCACAAAGAUCUCAAAUGCGCUAAACAUAUUAUGUUAAAUGUCAAAAUAUUAUAUUGUAAAUACAAUAAUUGCAUAUAUUGCACAAUGUAUUAUAAAAUGUGUAUAUUUUAAAUAAAUUGGACAAUAUAUGCAUGCACUUACAUAAAGCACAUUAUAUAUAUUCCCCUAUUUUGGAUUUCAUGUAUGAAAAAAAUAUUUCAGUUUAAUUCCCCCACUUCACUGGUUCCACACUCACCUCAGAGACGAGCAGGACUUCACUGCCCGCUGACACAAUUACACCUAUUGAUAUCCUUGAUGGACAUCAUUGAUAGUGAUCCUGUUAGGUUAUGUUUGUCUUAACGUUGGCUCAUGACAAUGGUUGUGUUUUGGUGUUGUCACUUUAAAAGGCAAGAUAUGUAGAUGGUUAGAGUGUGCAGUAAUUUAUGUCCUGAUUUUGGAUCUGUCAGGUUAAAUGAGCAUUUAAUCUAGAUUGUUAUUUCUGGUGGGAUUGUGAUCCAGAGCCCUACUCCAGGCCUACUGUAACCCUAACCCUAACUCUAGGCCUACUCUAACCCUAACCUUCACAUUAAUACUGGUGCUGAUGACUUCUUGUGGCCUGUGAAGUCAAUGGGAAAUCUGUAGGAUUCACAAUAAAACAACUUCUGUUUCAUGCAGGAAAAUAACAUUUUGUGGACUCAUUUGUUGAGGCAGUGGAAAGGCUUGGUUUGUUUCAGAUUGUUUCUAAUGUAAACUUUUUGAGGCUUUUCCUGUUGGUGUUACUAUUUUGAUCUGAAGAAAUCUCAAGAGACUAAUUCAAAGAAAGAUUUUUACCAAAUAAUGUCAAAUUAUUUCUAACAUUCAAGUAUGUUCAUUCACGUUCAGAGCUGAAAGGAUUUGAUCUCUAAAUUCACCUAAUUUGAGUCUAACCCUUCGGCUAGAAGACCAACUUGCAUUGGCUGUUCUCUUUUGACCGAUUUAUGUCCUGGUUUAGAACUGGCUGAAUCUGUGUCUGCUACUUAAGCAGAAUAUAGAGGGAUUUUCAUAGAUAAAGUAGUAGCAUUAGCAUUCAAAAGCCCCUCACGGUCCAUGAAAUGUUAGGUACCACUUGAAUGUUGGCUUCAAGUUGGGAUAAAAGAAGGGGCACGUUGUUUGUAGUGAAUCUAAUGGAUGUUUCCAGUCCUGAAGGUUUGCUUUGCAGCUAGUUAUUUCUGCAGUCAGCGAUGGUAUGUGAAGCUGUACGUGAUACGUGUACGAUGUACGUGAACGAGCCUGAAGAGUCUCAGGUCAGACAGAUCCCACAUGUUCUGGAUGAAACAUGGCUGUGUAGUGAGGUGCUUGGUGCAUGGUUGUGUUGUGGGGAUGCUGCUCUAAUAAGGAGCUCAUGCAUAUUAACUGUAUGCUGUUCCCCACAUGACCAAGGGAAGGUGAUGGGGAAAGAGAAGUUAUUUAGGAAUCUUUCAUAUUUUUAUAUUUAAAUAUAUGAUAUGAAUUAUACAAAUAUAUUGCCAAUAAGGAGACUGUGCUAUGAGGUGUAAGUACAAUAUAUAAUCAGAAAUUACUUCUAAUAUUGAAUACACAUGUUGUUGUGGCUUUACAUAAAAGUAUGGCCAUAGAGUGUUAUACUCAUAAUAUGAUAAAAGGGCAAAUAUAUUCUGGCCACACCAAGAUACAAUCAAAGCACAUACUUGUUUCACUGUUUCUGCUGUUCCGUUUAAAUGACACUGCACAGUGAAGUGGUCUGGGUUCAAACAUUUCCAUUGUGAUCUGGUCAGAAUCACCUGGCUUGAAUAGUUAAUGUUCAGAUGCCUGUGUUGUCUGUUCUUUGAGGUAAAAAAAAAGAAAAAGAAAACAAAUGUUUAUUAAAUUAUAUUUUUGCAUUUAAGAUUAAGCUCGGCAAAAAUGAAAUGAUGCUGUAGAAUUAAGCCAAGAAACAUUAAAAGAAUGUACUUUGUGCAGUUGGAUUGGUUUAGAAAUUGUAUUUAGAUAUAUAUUUUAGUAAUGUCAUAAAUAUAUGAUGAACAAUGUGAAAUACCUACAGUAGCUGUGUAUGCUGACACAUUUCUCAUGUUAAUGACAUAGAUGACCUCUGUCAGGACUAACACCUAGUAGAAAACAGACUAUACAUGUGGUGCUCUUUUAAACUGUAUAGUAGGAUUUACAACAUAUGUAAUGCUGUGUGACAGUUUAGCAAUAGUAUCUGUUGUGGGUUUUCCAAAUCCAAAGUUCAGUAACUGGUUGUAUCUGACAUCGUAGUGUUUCGUGUUGAGGGACCUGUUGUGUUGUUGGUUUCUCUUCCAGUCUGAUAUGAUCUGACUGGUGCUGUGUGUCAUCCUGUGUCUGAGGUGAGAGGUGAGAGGUAUACCCUGCCUCUACUAUAAACAGGCAAGGGCAUCGCUUGGUCUGUAGAAUUUUCAUACUGUAAAAAGAAUACCUCUGGUGCUAAAUACAGUUUUGGAAGGUCAACAUAAGUAACUUUUCUCUAACCUCCUAAGCAGUAGUAACAACACACUGCUCGCAAACCGCCGACCAAUGCCCUCAAUGGAAGUCUAUAUUUAGAGCGUUUCAUUUAAUUAAACAAAUGUCUCCUCCCCAAAUAGAUUACCACCAGAACGACCACAACACACCACACACAUCCCGCCCAGAAAUCCUACAACACAGCAUGAUACUGUUCACAUCAUAGACAUGUAUAUCUAUGGUUCACAUACCCUCUAUGGUCAGGCUGGGGAUCAGUUGCAUAUACAUUUAAUUUGGAGGACAACAGCACAUGCACAUGAAAACAGUGACACCAUGUAAAUAAUAUUUUCAAGAAGCAUACCUUAUUAUCUAUAUAUUUUGUAUUUGAUAAUAUAAUGCACACAAAGUUUCUUGGAGAAUGAGUGGAAAAUGAGUUAGGUCCCAUUCAGUCUCUUAUUGUAAUGGACCAGAACAUCUCUAGUGUGUGACACAUUUUGGAAUUGUUAAAAAUCUAAUAUUAUAAAGAGAAUCAUAUGUUGAAGAUGAAUAUAAUGUUAAACUAUAAACCAAAGUGGAUUGUUGUAUCUACACUCGGGUAGAAAGAGUCUGUUCUUUUUUGAUUCUUUUUUAGGAAAGAAGGGGCAGGAUUUGACAGGAAGGUGAUAAUACUCAGUUGGGGGAUGUUUUUGAAAGUUCUGUUGAAAACAGAUACUUGGUUAAAAAAUAAAAAUCUGAAAAUAAAAAGAAAAUACAUGUUGUAGACACGCUAUAGUGUUACAGUCCAAAAUCUCAUUGGUGUGUUGCAUUGAGAAAGAUACAGGACCUGUCUCAGUUUGGUACGUUUCUUAACUCCAUCAGUUGACUCAUUGUGAGUAUUUGCAUUUACUGAUCUAAUGAGCUGGAUUCAUUGCAAACAGUCAUUAAAAGACAAGACUGAAAUAUCUUGUGUGCUCUGUCCAUCGUGCUGGCUACAAAUCUUAUCACACUCCACCCAGGAGCCCCACCCCUGCAUCCUGGAUCUUAGAACAGAGUUGUUUUGAAAGAAUAAUGCUCACUUGCAAUCUGUACAGCAGCAAAGUGCAAAACCUGUGUAAUAUUCAGUCCUCUAUUGAACAGACUGUGCAAGCAUUCAUGUUUUACAGCACAUGUGUAUGUAACAGAUAUGUAACAGCACAUGUGUAUGUAACAGAUAUGUAACAGCACAUGUGUAUGGAACAGAUAUGUAACAGCACAUGUGUAUGUAACAGAUAUGUAACAGGUCAUGUGUAUGUAACAGAUAUGUAACAGCACAUGUGUAUGUAACCGCACGUGUGUAUGCAACAGAUAUUGGAUGCAGUUUGGCUACUGAUGUGAGGGAGACCCACAUUAUUUAUUUUCAUGAAAGCAAAGUAUGUGUGUUUCCAAUUUAGCCACAUCGUUUAUGAUCUCUCUCCAGCUUUGAGUGGCUCACCCGUUUCAUCAUUACAAUUCCAUGAGAUGAUUCUAGAGGCUGCACUCCCAUGCUCCUCCCAGGGGGAUGGUUCCCUGAGACCCACACUGCCCAUACUGGAUCACUUGGAUACAUUCUGACAUUCUGGUGCUAUUUCCCCUUCAUUUGGAAUGCUGAGAAGAUCUCUAACCCUCCUCGUGCUGUUUACCAACUAUCCCAGUUUUAUUGUAGAAGGCUCAACAGUUGAGUCAUUUGUUAUGUAGAUUUGUAAUAGAGAGAAGUUUACAGAAUUAAAACAUUUUAAGAUUGAAAGAGAUGUUGAACCUGUUGUGAGGAUAGGUCAGCAGAGAAUGUCAGAGCCACCAACACGCCAGUCAAACAUGCCACCAACACGCCAGUCAAACAUGACACCAACACGCCAGUCAAACAUGACACCAACACGCCAGUCAAACAUGACACCAACACGCCAGUCAAACAUGACACCAACACGCCAGUCAAACAUGACACCAACACGCCAGUCAAACAUGCCACCAACACGCCAGUCAAACAUGACACCAACACGCCAGUCAAACAUGCCACCAACACGCCAGUCAAACAUGACACCAACACGCCAGUCAAACAUGACACCAACACGCCAGUCAAACAUGACACCAACACGCCAGUCAAACAUGACACCAACACGCCAGUCAAACAUGACACCAACACGCCAGUCAAACAUGACACCAACACGCCAGUCAAACAUGACACCAACACGCCAGUCAAACAUGACACCAACACGCCAGUCAAACAUCCCACACAGAGCAAACCUGACAAAAGCUUCAUGGCAGUUCGAUUUUGUGAUGCCUGGUGUAUCUAAUGGAUCAGGGUGUUAAGAUAGUCCGAAUGAAUUCCUUCUCAUCCAGUAAGUCAGACAGGCAGUUUCGAUGUGGCAUAGAUUGGAAACCCUUUUCAAUGUCUUUUCUUUUCAGUCAUAAACACAUUGACGACACAUCAAAGUAUUUGGUGGUAAAGAUUCACUCUGUUUCUACAGGUUGAUUUCUGUUUGACCAGUCUGUUUACAAGCACCCAGAACUGCAGUCAAGUUAACCCCUUUAGUGGCCUCUUUGUAAGAAAAUAUUUCACCUCAUUUUCAUCCAUCAACCUUCACACAACAACAUCAUGCCUCAUUAAAUGCAAUAAGAGGUAGAAGGGACUAUUCAGAUAUUCAGUCCCCAUCCUAGUUUGGGUCUUCCAUAGUAAUUUUUUAAGUCAUGUUAAUUUUCAAUUAAUGUGUUGUGAUGCAUUUCUGACAAGUACAAGUUUGUUCAAAUGUUUGUUCACUCUGUAGACUAGGCCUACCUCAGAAUGCCUCAAAACAGAAAUCUUAAUGUAACCACAAACACACCUAUUAGAAUGUAUUGCUGGCACUCACUUUUUACUCAAGCAGAAAGAAAUCCUGUUUUCCAAGAAACUGAUCAUGACCAUUUGUAUCUGAUGUCUGGUAUGAUUUUUUAUAUUUAGGACGUUCAUAUUUGAUAUGUCUUUGUCAGUAAUCUUUGUUUUCUAAAAUACAUAUUUGUGUGAUUUUUGCAUUUGCACCUCUCAUUUCCAAAAUAUUUUUGUUGUGCCAUUCUUUUGUAUUCAUUUUCUAAGUGACAUUGUAACCACAAACACAUUGUUCUGCAUAAUGUUAUAAAGAGGCAGCCGAAGGGUUAAUCAUUCACCAUCUUCAGGUGUUGUUGUUGUAAUAUGAACAUAUUUACCAGUGAAGAAAACUGAAUCAUAUGGUGCUGUACCAAAGCCUUAUGUUGGUUUCAUGAUUUUCUUUUCACAGGGCAAACAAAUGUUCUUCUCCCAUGAAUUUGUGAUGCUUUGAAGCAGGAAUAAUAUACAAACCACAACAAACCAUGGCAUUUCAUACUGCUUGGUUGUCUGACCUGGUGUUAAUCUUGUCCUAUUUCUAUUUAACAAAUGUAUAAAUUCAGAACCAUAUGUAAUAACUUAUUCAGACUGGUUGGCAUGGUAACCUUGUUCUUUAAACUGAAACACCUCAGCAUGAACAGUGUGGACAUUUCUCUAGUGAACCGGAGGAGGUGCUGUUGGUGUGGGUGUACCAGGCGAGUGCGGAAGGGCCUGAGGUGAUCACAGGGCUGAGAUACCAAGGUGUCCAAUGCAGUGUUUAUUGGAUAAGAGUACCACCUAACCAGUCUUUCCAAUCCACAAGCAUUAUCACGUCAUACCUGCUGACUGGAACCUGAGUUACCUGAUGCUAGG